AUGGCCGAAGAGAAAGAAAAAGGCGUCGAAUCCGGCAUCCUCACCGGCGCUUCCCCGACCCCGAGCACCUUCAACGCCGAAGCCAUCGAGCUAUCUUCCCGCCAGUAUGGUUCCUGCGAACCGCACGUCUUCUCCGACCCCAUCCGCUGCCAGCACUGGCAGGAGGUCUAUGAGAACGCGAAGUACGAAGGCAGACACAGGUUCGACCCGACGUUGACCUGGUCUCCUCAGAGUGAAUGCCGUCUUAAAAGGAAGUUGGACUUGCGCAUCAUGCUCUGGGUCUGGGUCAUGUUCUCGAGCUUGGAUCUCGUGAGGCGCAAUAUCAAUCGCGCCGUGUCCGAUAACAUGCUUGAUGACAUCGGCGUCAACACGAAUGACUACAACACUGGCCAAACCAUCUAUCUGGUCUGCUUCCUCGCCGCCGAGCUCCCCGGCGGUCUCAUCAGCAAGAAAGUUGGCCCGUACCGCUACACGCCCUUCAUGAUCACGCUCUGGGGCGCCUUGUGUGCUGCACAAUCGGCCAUCAAUGGGCGGGCCAGCUUCUGGACCCUCCGCGCUCUCCUUGGAUUCAUUCAAGGCGGCUUCAUUCCAGAGAUGGUGCUCUACCUGUCCUACUUCUACAAGAGCAACGAGCUACCCAUGAGACUGAGUAUCUUCUGGACCGCUAUUCCACUGACGCAAGCCUACGGCGCACUGCUGGCGGCGGGACUCUUGGCGAUGCGAGGGCUACGAGGAUGGGGCGGCUGGCAGUGGCUCUUCCUCAUCGAAGGCGUGAUAUGUAUAGUUGUCGGCCUCAUCUCCUUCUUCGUGAUGCCCGCCUCCGUCACCGAACCCGCACUCGCGUUCAAACGCGCAGACGGCACCAACAAAUGGUGGACCGAAGAAGAAGAAAAGAUCCUCGUGAACCGCAUUCUACGCGACGACCCUACAAAGGGCGACAUGAACAACCGCGAAGCCGUCAGCAUCAAGGGAAUUAUUUCCGCCAUCACGAACAUAGAUCUGUGGCCCGUAUACCUCUUAGGCAUCACCGCCUACAUCCCCUUCCAACCCACCGCGAACUACAUGUCGCUCAUCCUGCGGCAAAUGGGCUACUCCGUCUUCGAAGCCAACAUGCUCGCCAUCCCGGGCUACAUGCUCUUCGCCACCAACACCGUGUUCUGGGCCUGGGUGUCCGAGAAGCUGAACGAGCGCUCCCUCGUCGCCUCCGUCAGCAACGUCUGGAUGCUGCCCUUCUUCAUCGUGCUGAUCUGCAUCCCCAGCGACGCGAGUCCCUGGGUGCGCUACGCAAUGCUGACAGGCGUGAACGGGAUCCCGUACACGCAUUCGAUCCUCGUGGGCAUGACGUCGAAGAACGCGAAGAAUGUGGGGACCAGGACGGUUAGUGCGGCCGUGUAUAAUAUGUGCUAUCAGGUGGGCAGUAUUAUCGCGGUGAAUGUGUACCGCGAGGGCGAUAAGCCGUACUACUACACAGGCAACCGCGCUCUCGCGGGUCUCUGCGCGGCUAACAUCCUGCUCUUCGCCGGUAUGAAGUUCUUCUAUAUCUGGCGCAAUAAGGUUAAAGGGAGGAAGCUGGCCAUGCUUCCCGCUGAGGUGACGAAGCAGAUGGUCGACGCUCGCUUUGCGCACUAAACAAGUUGCUUGCACGAAGGUAAGUAGGUACGUCAGUACUAUGAUUUUGGGAGGUUGUUUGAAGCCACCAGUGUGCCAUUACACAAGUUUCGAAAUUUGUUUUCUAUGAGUGUUUGCGUCAGAGGACGUGGGUAGUGUC